CGGAAAGCAGACUUGCUUACAUAAUCAACACCUGUUGAACUUGCCUCAUUGUCUAAAAAAUCUUGACCUCUCCAUCUUCCAGGAAAAAAAAAUAUAAAUUUCUUUCUGUGUAUCUUUCCUCAAUCAAGUGAUGGUCAUGAUUCGUGAACAAUUAAUGAGUAUAAAAACAGCCCUUAUAUUCUGUACAUGGGCAGGAACGUUCCGGUCUUGUAGGGUUGUGUCUUGUGUGGUUUCCGUUUUUUUUUUCCUUUUAAAUUUAUUUAAAUUCUUGCCUUUUAUGGCGGUUUAAAGUUUUAAACACCCCGACAAAUUCCUUACUUAACUUGCUUUGUUUAUCCAAUUGACUGGUUGUUGUGGUUGUCUGUUUGUUUUUUGCUUUAGUGUAUUUCUUAUUAUAGCAUUUAAAAAACUUUAAUUCCGGUCUUUCUUUGGACUUUUGGCGCAUACACACCUUCUUCUUCCUUGUUUACAUUUAUCUUCCACUCGCAAUUUCAAGAAUUUAAAAUUGUGCCAUGUGUUUGACGGCUAUUGGAGUUCCGGGUAUUGUUAGUUUUGCUUCGAGGUUGAGGUGUUAGCUGUAGUUUUUGGAUGAGUUUGCGUAGUAAGGUGAUUGGGAGUUGUUGUUGAAGGGUUUAGAUUUGAUGAUCUGUGAGGUUUUUCAAGCUCAAAUUCUUGAGGAGAAGUGAGGGUUUGUGCAGUGGGAACUGUUGGUGAAGGGUUUAAGAUUUGGGGGUAUUUUAAGUUCGACUUGAUGAUUUUGGUUGUAUGGUAGUUUCAAGCUCUGAACUUGGAGGAGUCUGAGAUUUGAGAAAUUGGGAUUUCUUGUUAAAGGGUUUUAAAGUUGGAAACCCGAAACAUUUGAUUAAGGGUUUUGCAGUUGUGGAUUGGGUCCAGUGAAGAUUUACUUGUUGAUUCUGUUCUUGCGCACUUUGAGACUAGGUUGAAGCUGCUAAUUGGAUGAAAUGGUUAAUAAUAGAUUUGAUCAUCCAUUAAAGCAUUCAGAAGAGGAAGGACGGGGCAGCAACUAUGAUCUGAAUAAGAGUUUUGAUCAGACCAGUGGAGGUGAUGAAUCAGUGACAGUUGCUUACGUAUCUUCGGAGGAACAAUCUGAAGCAGGUUCUUCUCAGGAAGCAGAGAAGCAGAAGACGCCAUUAGCUCUAGAGAUUUUCAAAUCAAAAAAAUUGAUUUUUCCUCCACCUCGAAGAGGCUUGAAUCUGUGCAUCAAUACUCCUGUUGACGAUCACAGUCAUCAGCUGUUUGAUGAUGAUGAUAAUAAUAUUACAUUCUAUAGAUCCAAGACGGAGAACAGGGCUUCAAGGUAUGAGCUAAAAUUGAAUAGACUGUCAGAGCGUGAAAAGAAGAAACUAAUCAUAGAGCUAGUCAAGAUACAAAACGACGGAACAGUUGAGGUUGAUAUAAAUGAAAAUGCUCCUGUUGCUUCGGAGUUGUUAGAGCUUCACUCAGUUGAAGGGGCGUCCUUUUAUGUCAAUGAUAGCAUUUCUUGUUCUAAGAAAUCAAUUCCAAGAUUGAAAAUUGCUAUGCUAGUGGUUGGGACAAGAGGAGAUGUCCAGCCCUUUCUAGCUAUUGCAGAAAGACUUCAGGAAUUCGGUCAUCAUGUUAGGCUGGCAACUCAUGCUAACUUCAGCAGUUUUGUAAGAUCAGCUGGUGUAGAUUUUUAUCCUUUGGGCGGUGAUCCUCGGGUAUUGGCAGAAUAUAUGGCGAGAAACAAAGGUUUCAUCCCAUCUGCACCAGGAGAAAUAUCCACACAGAGGAAGCAACUGAAGGCCAUUAUUGAAUCUCUUCUUGCAGCAUGCACAGAACCAGAUAUGGAAACUGGCGUGCCUUUUAAAGCCCAGGCAAUUAUUGCAAACCCUCCAGCAUAUGGACAUGUACAUGUUGCUGAAGCUCUUCGUAUACCAAUUCACAUUUUCUUCACAAUGCCUUGGACGCCAACAUAUGAAUUUCCUCAUCCUUUAGCACGUGUACCUCAAAGUGCUGGUUAUUGGCUUUCAUACAUAGUUGUGGAUUUACUGAUAUGGUGGGGAAUGAGAGGCUAUAUAAAUGAAUUCCGGAAAAGAAAGUUGAAGCUUCCACCGAUCGCGUACUUCAGUACGUACCAUGGAUCAAUAUCUCAUCUGCCAACAGGUUAUAUGUGGAGUUCCCAUCUUGUGCCAAAGCCAAGUGACUGGGGGCCUUUAGUCGAUGUUGUUGGUUAUUGUUUGUUAAAUCUUGGAUCAAAAUAUGAACCUAAAGAAGAGUUCCUGCAAUGGAUUCAGAAAGGAACUGAACCCAUAUAUAUUGGAUUCGGGAGCAUGCCUCUUGAAGAUCCCAAGAAUACUAUGGACAUAAUACUGGAGGCUUUGAAAGAUACUGGACAAAGAGGAAUAGUUGAUCAAGGUUGGGGAGAUCUUGGAAAUUUUAUGGAAGUACCUGACAGUGUCUUCCUUUUGAAGGAUUGCCCUCAUGAUUGGUUGUUUCCUCAAUGUGCUGCUGUGGUUCAUCAUGGUGGUGCUGGAACCACGGCAAUGGGACUAAGAGCUGGGUGCCCGACAACUAUAGUGCCAUUCUUUGGCGAUCAGUUCUUCUGGGGUGAUCGAGUGCAUGAAAAAGGACUAGGACCUGCACCGAUACCAAUAGCUAGGCUCAGUGCUGAGAGCCUUUCAAAUGCAAUAAGAUUCAUGCAAGAGCCUGAGGUGAAAUCUCGAGCUGUGGAAUUGGCUAAGUUGAUAGAAAAUGAAGAUGGUGUUGGAGCUGCAGUUGAUGCAUUUCACCGACAUUUGCCUCCCGAGCUACCCUUGCCUGCCUCAUCUUCUGAGGACAAUGAACAGCCGAACCCCCUGCAAUGGUUUUUUAUCCAAAUUGAAAAGUGGUGCUGCCUAUCCUGUUCAUAAGCUUCUUGGAGGGUCUUUCCGUGUCGUGUAGAUGUUUUUUUGUUUUCAUUUUCUUUUGACCUUUACAAGUAAAACAUAAUUUGUUUUAGACAUUCCAUUCAUUCCAUUCAUAGCUGGUAUGGUAUUGAGGGCUACAUGUAAGGUUACUUUGCCAACACCUUGUUACUUUGUGACCUGCUAUUAAAAAAAAAGAGACUUGGGUUGCUGAA